GUUUUUCGUAUUUAGACGGGAAGUAUAAAAAGAUCAACAUGACAAAAGUGUCUCCAAGCCUGCAAGUGCAUAAUUAGCAGUUUUCUUCCAAGUAGUCCAACUAAACUUUCAGAUAGUCAACAAGACGACUCGGUUUUCCCAUGAAACAAUUAUUCAACUGGGUGGUUCCGGUCAACGUGUAACCCUUUCCCCAAUUACCUUAAUCUUCCUUAUUAACCAAAAAAAUAUCCUUCUGUAAUCUGUAAAUCUAUUCCCCUUUGGCCCAAAAAAGUUCUUUUUCCAUUUAGAUUCUUGAUCAUUUACAUCAUCAUGCCUUCUCGACAGCUUCCGCCUUCCCCCGAGCCGCCGCCGCCGCUCCGCCCUACUGGCACUCACCUUGCUCUGGCGGGCUCAGCUGCCACCGCCUUCUCCCUCCUCAUUUUCUUCACCUUUUGCUUCCGCAAAAUCUCUCGCAAACGCACCGUCCCAAACUCCGAUACCGAGUCCAAGCCUCCCCACCGCUUCUCUUACUCCUCGCUCCGCCGUGCGACGUCGUCUUUCUCCCCAUUGCUCCGACUGGGUCAAGGUGGGUUCGGCUCCGUCUACCGGGGGACUCUCAAACCUGACCUUCAAGUUGCGGUCAAGGUAAUGGAUUCUGGGUCCCUCCAGGGCGAGCGCGAGUUUCAAAACGAGCUUUUUCUGGCUGGAAAGAUUGAGUCCAAUCAUGUCGUCUCGCUUAUAGGUUUUUCUUCUGACCCUGGACGACGCCGUAUGCUGCUGGUUUAUGAGCUCAUGCCAAAUGGAAGCUUACAGGACUGUCUCUUAUACCGUAAGUGUACCGAACUUAAAGACUGGAAGAAAAGAUUUUCAAUUGCUUUAGAUAUUGCUAAAGGGCUUGAAUAUUUGCAUCAUGUCUGUGAUCCCCCAAUUAUUCAUGGUGAUGUUAAACCUAGCAACAUUUUAUUAGAUGCUAAUUUUAAUGCCAAGAUUGGCGAUUUUGGUUUGGCGAGGUUGAAAUCAGAAGAGGUCCGGUUUGAGACUGAGGCGAAAAAGGUAGGUAGUUUGGGAACCGGGGUGGUUGAGGACAAUGGGUCAGUGGCAGAGGAGACUGAGAGUGUGAUUACUGUGAGUGCUUUUGAAGGGUUUGAUGGCUGUGUGGAACAGUCGCCCGAGAGUUGUUUUGUAAGGGUAGAGACUUCGCCUGAGAUGGUGGGGACAGGUCCGGAGGUUGAAUUGUCUAUUGAUGCUGCUACGGAGUCAGCAAUGGUGGUGUCUCCAAGGACUGUGGCUGCGAUGGCAUCCCCGUUGGAGGUCUUGGAUAAGACCAGCUUUUCAGAGGGGACUUUUGAUCGGGCUAGUGUUGUUAGUGGGAUCGAUAUGGGUAAUGGUGGUGAUAAGAAGAGUGGUAAGUUGAAGAAGAAGAAUAGUAUUUCUGGGAGAGAUUGGUGGUGGAAGCAAGAUCAUGGAAAUACCGAAAAUGGCAUGGUGAAAGAUUAUGUUAGAGAAUGGAUUGGGAAUGAGAUUAAGAAGGAGAGGCCAAAGAGUGAAUGGGUUGGCACUUCUUCUAAUUCUGUGGUGGUUGGCAAAUCUGAGAAAGAGAAGAAGAAGAAGAAUCGGAGACGAUUAGAUUGGUGGGCGUCCUUAGAUGACGACAAGAAUUUGAAGAAGGAAAAGAGGAGGCCGGCAAGGGAGUGGUGGAAGGAAGAGUACUGCGAGGAGCUUUCAAGGAAAAAGAAGAAGAAGAAGAAGAAACAAGAGCAAGGGUCUGUGAGUGAUGACGGUUACAGCCAGCAUUGGUGGGAGAGGGAUGACGACAUGUAUUCAGACAAAAAGAAGAGGAGGAAUCACAGUAGGAAGAGCAGCAAGAGUAGUAUGGAUUGGUGGUUGGAUGGGUUUAGCGGUGACCUGUGGAGAGCUCGAAGGAACAGUUUUGACUCUGUUAGUGGAGAGAUACCUAAGAGUGGUGGUGUCAGCAGUACACCUAGUAUGAGGGGAACUGUUUGUUACGUGGCUCCAGAGUAUGGCGCUAGUGGCGAUCUGUCUGAAAAAUGUGAUGUUUAUAGCUAUGGUGUUCUCUUAUUAGUUCUUAUUGCUGGUCGUAGGCCACUUGAAGUGACUGGCUCGCCCAUGUCAGAAUUUCAGCGAGCAAAUCUUCUAUCUUGGGCACGGCAUCUUGCCCGAGCUGGAAAACUUCUUGAUCUUGUAGAUCAGUCUGUACAUUCUUUGGAUAGAGAACAAGCUAUACUAUGUAUUACGGUAGCCUUGCUUUGCCUUCAAAAGUCUCCUGCUCGCCGGCCCUCGAUGAAAGAGGUGGUUGGGAUCCUCUCAGGAGAGUUGGGAUCUCCGAAGUUGCCCAUUGAAUUCUCACCUUCACCCCCCUCGCGAUUACCAUACAAGUCUCACAAAAGGGUUCGGUGAGCUUCUAAAUUGGCUGCAAUUUUCCUUGUUCAUUCAUAGGCUUCUUUUGGUGAUCUUUACGCCAUUUUAAAUUAUGUAAAGCUAGAGAGAAGAUGCCAUUAGACAGCGCAACCAUGUCAUCUAACAAUAAUCUUGUAUGAUGCCCUAUCUAACUUCAAAAGUCCUUGUAUAUAGAAAGUGUACGUUUUCUUUAUCCUUCACACAUCAAUUUCAGGAAAGCUGGCCCUUAGGUGCUUUGAGUUUAUAAUGGUGAUAAUAAUAUCCAGUUUUUUGUUCUCAUUAUACCAGCAGUGCAAGGCACUGCUACCGUUUAGAGUGAAAGUGAUGUCUAAAGAGAACUUGUGUAAACAUUCAUGGACACUUCGAGUUACGAUUACUUCUCUUCUUAAGGCUAGUUGCACACCUUUACAUUUCCAUGUUAUUGGUCAAUCGUAGAUGUAGAGAGAUAAAAGACGAAUCUCAGACACUGUUACGUUGUAGAGGAUAUUUUUAUGAUUAUGUUCUUGCAAUUGUUAUGAAGUGUUUUCUUAACUUUAUUUUGCCUUGUGCCAAUUGGUUGGCCUUCUAAACCAUGGCCGGAGGAAAGGACAAUGCUGUUUUUCAAUAUCAACUAUUCUUGGCCGGAGUUGAAUGUUGAUAUUUUCCUUCCGAAGCAAAAUUUGCUGAUUCUGAAACUUUUGGUUCUGUAAUGAACUGUAUUUUUUCUGUUGUAAAUCCUGUCUUACACAUUUUACAUAUUGACG